UGAGCAAGAUAUGAAAAGGCUGGCACCCUGAAAAAAAAAGAAAAAGUCCAAAGGUGAGGUAGAGAGUAGUGGGUAACAGGCUGAAGGGGACUGCAGAAACUUUAACUGUCAGGUUAAGUAUUAUUUCCCAUAUGACGAGGGCGGGGAGUUCAGCCAGUGAAACACUUCAUGUGUUAAACUUGUUAAAGGGGAAGUGAUGAAGCUGAAGGCGUCUCGCUGCUGCUCAGACUGAUGUUCACUCGUCAUCCAGACACGAUGAAGACUCCGUGUGUCUCUCUGCUCCUCGGUGUGUGUGUGCUGCUGCUGUCUGCACCGACUGUUUCUGCAGUGUCUCUGUCUGUCAGUCCAAACCUUCAGCAGUUCUUCAGAGGAUCUUCUUCAGUGUAUCUGAGUUGUGUUGAUGAUGGACAGACAGCUGAUGGAUGGACAGUGAAGAGGACCAGAGGAGGACUCACUGAGGGCUGUGGAGCAGCUGCUUCAGAGUUUAGUAGGAUUAACAGUUCCUUCUGUGCUCUCGGUCUCUCCACUGGUGGAAGUUUCCUGUGUGUAAGCUCAUCUGGAGAGCAGAGUGAUGAAGUCUCCAUCAGUGUCUCAGGCAAAGGUGUGAUCCUGGAGAUUCCUGCACUUCCUGUCAUGGCAGGAAGUGAUGUCACUUUGUGCUGUACACCCAAAGAGGGAGAAAGACGAAAAUCUUCCUUCUUCAGAGAUAAUGUUACACUUGGAUCUGGACCUGAAGGAAAGUGGAUUCUCUCUAAAGUCAACCGGUCUGAUGAAGGUCUCUACUCGUGUUAUACUGAUAUUCAUCCACGUUCUCCUCAGAGCAGACUGAGGGUCAGAGAUCCUCCUCCCACCACAACGUCUCCUCUUCUUCUCACUACUUUCCCUCCCUCCUCUUCCUCUCCACACUCUUGCUCCUCCCUUCCUCUUUAUCUCCUGGUCCUCCCUGUAGUCCUGGUCCUGGUCCUGGUUGGAGGUGUGGUCCUGUGGAGGAAACAGAGAGGUAUGUCUCACCUGGACUAACCAGGUAACCCCUUUAACCUGAGGCUCUCUGAGAGUGACAAUCAGACUUCACUCCUGAUGAUUUGAUGGCCUACUUCCUGUUUCUAACCGAGAUGAUGCUCAGAGCUGCCAGCUAAGCUCCACCCUCCAUUAAGCUUCGCUCAUCCUGGAGGUGAAGGUGUGUUCAGCUUUAGUUGACAUUUAUCUGGUUUCACAUAGAUGAUGGUUCAGCUGGAGUCACAUCUUCAUCUGUCCAAUCACAGAGCAGCAGAUUCAAAUGAAGGAUUUCAUGAAACUUUUCUGUCUGAGCUCAGAAAUACUGAAGAUCCUGUCCAAGUGAUGAUGUUUCCUAAUGUUUAAUGAUGUUCAGUGAGUUGUUUCCUCCUGUGCUGAUGUUUCUCUGUGUGAUGUAGGAGGUGGGGGAGCAGACCUGUGGAGCUGUGGAGGUGACGGCUGUCUGAGACGGAGCGUCUGCCUCUGCUUUUCAGGCCUGUUUCUGCUGACUGCUGCAGGUGAGCUGAUGUUCCUACACCUGUCUGUCCUCAUCAUGACCUCUGACCUUUGGUGACCUUUAGUGACCUCUGUCCUGUUGCAGGUGUGUGUGUGCUGCUGCUGUCUGCUCUGGUUGUUCCUGCAGGUGAGUUGAAGGUAACAGGAACUCUGAGGUGAUGUAGGUGCUCUGUGGUCGCUGCUCCAUCAUCAUGUCUAACAAUCCUCGGUCAGCCUCUUCUUCUUCU